AUGGCCGGCGCGAUUGACGGUGCCUCUUCCAUCACCGUCGCCGUGCGCGUCAGACCCUUUACCAUCCGAGAGGCCGCACAGUUGACCCGCGUUGACGAUGGCCCUCUGUUCCUAGGCGAUGGCUCCCUGGCUGCUGCGCCAGUCCAACGUCAUGCUGGCAAAGGCAUCAGAUCUGUCAUCAAGGUCAUGGAUGAGAAAUGCUUGAUCUUCGACCCGGAAGACUCAUCCACACAAGGACGCAUGCGACCAGGCAUGGGAGGAAAGAGAACCAAGGACCAACCUUUCACAUUCGAUCGCGUCUUUGACGACAACACAACCCAAGCCGAAGUCUACGAAGCCACCACAAAGAACCUCCUGGACAGUGUCUUCGACGGCUACAAUGCCACUGUGUUCGCCUAUGGUGCCACAGGCUGCGGAAAGACUCACACUAUCACAGGUACAGCGCAACAGCCGGGAAUCAUCUUCCUGACCAUGCAAGAGAUGUUCGAAAGAAUCAGCGAAAUGCAAGAGGAGAAGCAGACCGAGGUCACCCUUUCAUACCUCGAAAUCUACAACGAGACCAUCCGCGACUUGCUCAUUCCUGUCAGCGAGGUCACCAAACGUGGCCAGGGCCUGAUGCUGCGUGAGGACGCCAAUCAGGCUGUUUCGGUUGCAGGCCUCACUGCGCACCGCCCUCAAAACGUAAACGAAGUCAUGGACAUGCUUAUUCGAGGCAACGAAAAUCGCACGCAAUCGCCAACCGAAGCCAACGCAACAUCGUCUAGAUCGCACGCCGUUCUCCAAAUCAACGUCGCCCAGAAGGAUCGUAAUGCUGGCCACUCCGAACCCACUACUUUUGCUACACUGUCCAUCAUCGAUUUGGCUGGAUCAGAAAGAGCUUCGGCCACAAAGAACCGCGGUGAGCGUUUGCUCGAGGGUGCCAACAUCAACAAGUCCUUGCUCUCCUUGGGCUCAUGUAUCAAUGCUUUGUGCGACCCCAAGAAGAAGAACCACGUGCCAUACCGCAACAGCAAACUUACCCGUCUCCUCAAAUUCAGUUUGGGUGGAAACUGCAGAACAGUCAUGAUAGUCUGCGUCAGUCCAAGCUCCGUCCAUUUCGACGAAACACAGAAUACUCUGCGCUACGCCAACAGAGCCAAGAACAUCCAGACCAAAGCCGUUCGCAAUGUCUUUAAUGUAGACCGCCACGUCAAGGAUUAUCUCAAGAAAAUUGAUGAACAAAUGGCUCUUAUCAAGGAUCUACAAGCCCAGCACAAGGACUUCGAGUCACUUGCCUUUACCAAGUUCAAGAAGGCCGAGGAGAAGAGGAGCGGAUUACUGAAGGAAGCCCUUGCCAGAAUUCGUGCAGCAUACGAUCACUCGAGCGAUGAGCGGAAAGAACACAUCAACAACAUGAAGCGGUUGCGACAAAUUGAACGUAGAAUUGGUCUUAUAUCUGCUUGGAUCGGUAGUUUCGACCAAAUUUGUGAGAAUCGCGAAGACGAGGAACCACCGCUCAGCUUGACAUCAAUGCGUAAAACCGCUUCAGGAAUACUCGUUGAACUUGAGGGGAGCAGACAGCACUACCAUAAGCGCCUUGCAAAGGCAAACUGGGAACGUUCUUUGGACACUGCUUUGCAAAAUGGCAUUCGUCAGUUGCAGGAAGCAGAUGCUUCAACAUCAAUGACAUCCCCUGCAGUCGCAAGCUUGAAGCAGGAGGUUGAGGUCAUGCGGAGCAGAGCUGAAAGAGAAGUGCAAUCAGCCGUUCUGGACCAAGAAAAAACUGGCGAUACCGCGCUCGUGCAAGUUCUGCUCCAGGCACACUUCGAGACUAUUGCUAUCCUCGGUCAGAUCAUGCAAAUGGAUGAGGAAGAAGCUGUCAAAGCAGCUAAGCUUGUCCUCACUAAGCUACUCAACUCGUGCACCGAGGCAACCUCGCAAGUCAUCCGACCGGAUGGCGGACUCGCCAUCAUCGAGGCAGUACCACCGACCAAGUCGGGAACACCCAAGAAGAAGAAAGCUAUCAACCUGGCAGGCCCUUCUCCAAUAAAAGCAAAGAUUCGCCCGAGCAUUAACGGCCCACAGUUCAGGCAGUCUCCUAACAUGGGACCAUCUCCAGCAUCACCACGGCGACGAAAAGUGAUGGCUGCCAGAAAGUCGGUAGCUUUUAAUGGUGGCACACCCAAAAAGAAGCAGUCAUCACCAGCAAAAAUUGUUGCAAAGCGUGGUGUGAGGUGGCGAGAUGACACUGAAGAUGGCAAGCUGGAAGAGUUCCAACCAACACCACCGGGACUGGACUCUUCGCUUAACGAGCCAGACAUGUCAGAGUUCGCUCCCUCGCAGUCUCAAUCAGGUGAUCGUUCCGACAACCUUGACUCUAGUCCCAUUCCGCCUCCACCCGUGCCAUCAUCUGAGAUCCGUUCGAGAAACAGCCGCUUCCAAGCAGGAUUCCUCAAAAAGGACGAUGGCUCACCUGUGAUGCCAGGUCUAACAAACCUCGCGAUGGCAGCAUCGGAGAACCUAUCUCCUUUGCGCGAGAUCGAAGCUAACAGCACGUUCCAACCAAAGAGAUCACCUAUUCCGAUCCGUCUUCAGAAGGCUGCAGAGUUUGCUAGUGAUGAUCACACCGGCAGCAGUGCUUCCGAUAAUGACGACCCAACAAGAUCGCUCCAAGACUCGGCUCUGCAAAUCCAGUCUGCCAUUCGAAGGCGUGUAUCUUCCGGCUCGAAUAGACAUCGCAGACGCAGUCCUUCAGGCCAAACAAAUGGCUCACCAAACUCAACGAACGAAAACCACCUCUUCACAGCAAGUCAUGCCCGCCGAAUGGUUAAGAGCGAGAAAGGCGAGGCGACCAAUGUUUUGAGUCCACGCUCGGCACCUGUAGUCAAGAAUGCGCCUAGUGUAUCCAACAUGCGCACUGUUUCUCGAGAGAGCAACAUUGGAGGCGGUAGCAUGCGUGUGGCUCCUAUACGCACACAGAGUAUGGCUGCGAGAAAAGACGUGCCUUCAGUCAAAACUGUCUGGAGGUAA